GACUGUAACCUGGUGUUGUGUGAUUUUUAACUUUGUACACCCCAGUCCAACACCGGCAUCUCCAAAUCAUAAUCCGUGGUCUGCAUUCUAAAGGCUUCUUUGUUUUCCUCCCCCACCCCCAGGUGCUGGUCGAGUUACUGCUCGUGCUUAUUCUCAGUUCAGGCGGUAACAAAGGCGAACUUGUCCCGCCCAGAAAGUUCGUCGGGCUCGAUCCGGCCCAUCACUUUAAACUCUGCCAGCUGUUAGCAGCGGCCAGUCCGCGCAGAACGGCUCACACUGAGCUCUCAGGAUCAAGGGUUCCGUAACCGCUGUUAUAUUUCCUCUUCGACAAAUUAGGGCUCUUGCUGAUUUUCGGUUGUGGUCGGGAACAUGUAAUCCACAUUAUUCCUGGUGAUUUUUGUGAACUCUUGCGACAUCCCGAACCCUUUACUAACACCUGGUGAAUCUGUCAAAAGGGCAUCGAUAAUCCUGCACCAUACAGGAUACUCCACCCAUCUCCUCCUCCGCCGGCUCCCUUACCCUGGGAUCGCUGCAUUCAAUGCAAACUGCGGCAUCAACUGACCCAAAGGAACAGCCAAUCAUCAGUCACCCAUUCAUCAGUUGGACUCCGUGAAUUUACUCGGGACCAUGUCCAGGUGUGUUCUGACCGACUAGACGUUCUGAGAUUCUAAGAAGGACAAGGUUGAAACUGUGUCUUACAAUCUUAUUCUCCACAACCACCUGAUGAAGGAGCAGUGCUCCGAAAACUGGUGCUUCCAAAUAAACCUGGGCUAUAACCUGGUGUGUGAUUUUUGACAAGGUUGAAGUAAACAUCGGUUACAAGACUACGCAAAAUGGAUGUAGGGCACACAGCAGGUCACAGCGUUGACACUAUAUUGAGCCCCAGGUUCAGCGAAUACUAUAGCAAUGAGACGGUUGCCUUGCACUAUAAUUACACUGGGAAACUGACUUCGAGCCGAUACCACACAGGGUUGAGGGUCCAUGCGAUCGUGUUUAUAAUAGUUUGUCUUUUUAUAAUAUUGGAGAAUUUGCUGGUUCUCAUUGCCAUCUGGAAGAAUAGCAAGUUCCACAAGCCUAUGUAUUAUUUGCUGGCCAACCUGACUCUAUCUGAUAUGUUGGCAGGAGUCGCUUACAUGGUCAACAUCUUGCUGUCUGGUGCCAACACACUGAAGUUGACCCCGGUCUUGUGGUUCUUGAGAGAGGGGGGUGUUUUUAUCACGCUCACAGCCUCCGUUUUCAGUCUCUUGGCCAUCGCGGUGGAGAGGCAUGUCACCAUGGUGAGAAUGCAACUAUACCAUACAGAUAAGAAGUGCCGGACACGUCUCUUUGUGGCUGCAGACUGGAUUAUCUCUGUGUUCCUUGGAAGUCUGCCAAUCAUGGGGUGGAAUUGUAUUAGGAACUUGUCAGAAUGCUCCACAGUGCUGCCACUGUACUCCAAGAACUAUAUUCUGGUUUGCAUCCUGAUCUUUAUAUUAAUCUUGUUUGCAAUCGUUAUAUUAUACGUUCGGAUUUAUCGUUUAGUGAAAUGCAACAGCCCUAUGGGAGGCACAUCGAGAAACAUGGUAUCCAGAAGUCAGAAAUAUUUGGCGUUACUCAAAACUGUUACCAUUGUGGUGGGCACCUUCAUCGCCUGCUGGCUGCCGCUCUUCAUCGUGCUACUUCUGGAUGUUUCAUGCACAGUGGGGACUUGCAGGAUUCUUUAUAAGGCUGAUUAUUUCCUCGGGCUGGCCAUGAUUAAUUCAGCACUGAAUCCAAUCAUUUACACUCUGACCAGCAGAGACAUGCGCCGGGCCAUUGUGCGCCUGUUGUGCCUGACCAAAGACGGAGAACAGGCUAGGUGCUGUGGAAUCCUGGUCUCUGAGUGCAGCACAAGUCAGAUGGAUAGAUCAUCUCACAGGCAUGAGCCCCUCCAUACAACUCUGUCCUCUGGCAACGGACCUCAAUCACCUACUCGAACCUCAGUCGCCUGACUUGGAUGACCGCAGUGUCCAGGUUAACACUGAUCUCAAACAGGUAGCACCUGUUCACAGGGGAAACUGCACUCACUUUCUGCAUCUUGCGUUUUAGGGAUGACCGGAACUAAAUCACCUGCCUGGUGCCCAAUUACGAGAGUGUUGAUGUUGUGGCAGGAACAGGAAAGAAAGGACAAUUGUGGGCAGCCUGAUACCAUAAACUGGCUUCCAGUUGCCACUGAAAAACUUUUGCAGGUUUUAACACAGCCUAGAAUUUCUAAGAGUUGAUGUAACAUAUUUCCAAAAUUGCACUCAUGCAGUUUGCUUUGAAAUUUUAAGUAGCUUUAAAAGAGCAACGUGAGGCUGUUUUAAAAGCUUUUAAUAUCAGCAGCAAAUAACUCCGCCUACAGCUGCGAUAAUUCUGCCUGGCAACUGGCUCCAUGAAAUAGAAGGAACCAAUUAGGCACACAUUCAAGAAAAAUCCAAUUUUAAAAACAUAAAAGGAAGUUCAUGUGACUCCACCCUCGUGUUGCAAGAUACGAAGUUGCGUAAUGAGUAUGGUGAAUGCUGAACACUGAGAAUUAGUGCUGGAAGCAUAACUUUGUUUUCCGAUGUAACCUUCUUUGUUGGAAUCCAGUUAGCUCUGCUAAAACAGCACUUUAUAUUUUAGAAUGACAAUCUCCCCCCCGAUGACAGUUGGAGCCCCGCAGUAAACGCACCACGGGAAUUCAGCUCGACGCCAGAAUACAGUCUUCGAAGACUGUAAACGAAAGAGGCCUAAACCGAUUUAAAAUUUAAGGCAUCAGCAAGUAUUAAACAUUUCUGGUAACUGCAGAAUAAAGUUGCAUUUAACUAAUUGGGAAAUAAUAUGCAUUGAAUGUACUUAAACAGAGAUUAUGAGUAAAUCCUAGUAUGGUUCUAUUAUUGCAUUGGCAAUGCCAUUUGAAAUGCUAUAGACCUAAACCGUGAAAACAAAAUUAACUGCUAUGCGCUCAAUACAUUGCUAAGCAUGUUCUUUAGUAAAAGAAAAGGAUUGUGCCAGAGGGUCACAGUUAAACACACGCACCUGCAAAGUCAAGAUAGGUCUUAAAUGUGUCACUGCCCUUUGCCUCCUCAUCACAGAUGAAAAGUUCCUGCUGUUUCACACAUUUCCACUUUGAACUAUUAAGUCUUUUCCAGGGUUCACCUGGCUGCUGUACUAAAAUAGCUGGUUAACAGUAAAUCCUGACUGGUUCUUGGAGUCCCAGAAUGUCAUCACAAAGUUGUUACCGCAAAUAUAAGUGGGACUGGAGGAGCACUUUAAGAAAUAGCCAGUGCUAUCCUGGACCAAUGUAUCUUCCCACUGGACCUCUCAGCUUGGUGCAGAUGAUCUGGGGAAAGUUUCAGUUUCAAAUAAUCUAAAUACAUCAGAACUGAUCAAGUACCUCUCUCUUUUUACAGCUAGUUAAUUCAAGCAGCAACAAAUAGACACCAAUGUAGUUCCUGCCAGAUUGCUCUCAAGGAAACUAAGGGUGGGUAAUAAAUUAUAGCCCACCUGGUGAUGCUCACAUUCCAAAUUAACUUUAAAAAUUACAUUAAGCUCCUAUAUAAUUUAAUUAGCUUUAUUGUCAUAUGUAUUCAAAUGAGUGCAGUGAAAAACUGAUAAGUUGCCACUUAUAAACCGCUGAGGGGCAGCACGGUAGCUCAGUGGUUAGCACUGCUGCCUCACAGCACCAGGGACUUGGAUUCAAUUCCCACCUCGGGCGACUGUCUGUGUGGAGUUUGCAC